AUGGCUGAACUUAACUUGCGCUCAGCAUCACCAUCUUCUAUACUCAGGAUCAAAGGCGAAGUGGAAGCUGAAAAUUAUGGACCUGACGUAGUUGAAAUUGAUCAUACGCUGGAAUUGCUUUCCCCGCACUUUACUCGGUUCAUGGAUAACCACAUGGUGUUGGUUGGCGCAGCCAAGCCCGAAGAGCUUGUUGCCCACAAUGCAUUGUUAGCAAAAAUGGAACUAGCCUAUAGAGUGGUGUCAACUAAACUGCAACGGUUGCAAAUGGCUGCACAGGAAGAUGUGGCUUCAGUUCGCAGACUGGCAGAAAUGAAGCUUGACCCCAUUAAGCUACCGAUUUUCGAUGGUCAGCAAGAACGAACGAACUUGUCUUACUCUAGGUGCCAGGUUAUUGGGGAGUACCUGGGUUCAACAAGAUAUGUUUCUUGGAAUGAAUUUGUACAUCAUAUGUUAGCCACUGGUGAAGUAAAGGAACUUAUUAUACGCCCAGAAAUGGAGAUGGUGACUAUUAUAUUACAUGAGGGUGCUAUAAUCAAGGGUAAAAACGUUACGUCUACAAUAUUUCAUAUGGCUGUAGCUGAUGCUUCCAAAUUCGAAGAAAAGUUGCGCGAAAUCGAAUCAAGGCUCGGUAUUACAGAAGGGGUGGCAGUUACUUACGAUAGACAAAGUGAUAUUACUGGUCGUGUUUUGGUGCUAAUUUUAUUCUUCGCUUUACUUAUGUCAGUUGCAUCCAGAAUGAAAGGUGUUAGAAGUCCCAUUAGUAUGGACUCUUUUUCUCAAAUGGGUAGAGCAAAAUUUACCCUAGUUGAUCCAUUUGAUGGCGGAAAAGGAGUACUUUUCAAAGAUGUUGCGGGACUGCAGGAGGCGAAACAGGAAGUUAAAGAAUUCGUUGAUUAUUUGAAAGAACCCGAAAAGUACCAAAAGUUGGGAGCAAAAGUACCUAAGGGAGCACUGCUCUUGGGACCACCGGGCUGUGGAAAAACUUUGUUGGCAAAAGCUGUGGCCACAGAGGCCCAAGUACCUUUCCUAAGUAUGAAUGGAUCGGAGUUUAUAGAAAUGAUCGGAGGCCUUGGAGCCGCUCGAGUACGAGAUCUUUUUCAAGAAGGUAACAAACGUGCUCCUUGCAUAAUAUAUAUAGAUGAAAUUGACGCAAUCGGGCGACAAAGAUCGGGAACAGAAAACAUAAGCCAAGGAGGUUCCGGUGAACUAGAACAAACCCUUAAUCAGCUUUUAGUGGAAAUGGAUGGUAUGGCCUCUAAACAAGGAGUUCUUAUGCUUGCGAGUACUAAUAGAGCUGAUAUAUUGGAUAAGGCUUUACUUCGUCCCGGUAGAUUUGAUCGUCAUAUUUUGAUUGAUUUACCUACUUUACAUGAACGCAAAGAAAUUUUUGAGAAACAUUUGUCAAGUAUUAAACUAGACUCUGAGCCCAACAAGUUUUCAGAAAAGCUUGCUCGAUUAACUCCUGGAUUUUCAGGAGCCGAUAUAGCAAAUGUUUGCAACGAAGCUGCACUACAUGCUGCUCGAAAUUGCCAGGAAAAGGUGUCGGCUGCAAACUUGGAGUAUGCUGUUGAACGACUAGUGGGUGGAACCGAAAAACGAUCACAUGCCCUCUCACCAAUGGAGAAAAAAGUUGUUGCCUAUCAUGAAUCGGGGCAUGCGCUUGUUGGUUGGCUUUUGCCCAAUUCUGAUGUAUUAUUAAAAGUAACAAUCGUACCUAGAACCAGCCUUGCUUUGGGGUUUGCGCAGUAUACACCAAGCGAACAGAAGCUAUAUAGCAAGGAAGAACUUUUCGACAAGAUGUGCGUAGCCCUUGGCGGGAGGGCAGCUGAGAAUUUAAUAUUCAACAAAAUUACAACUGGAGCACAGAACGAUUUAGAAAAGGUUACUAAGAUCGCAUAUGCACAGAUUCAAAAAUUUGGGAUGAAUGAGUACCUAGGCCCUAUUUAUGUAACAGAUGCUAACGAAGUAGGAACCUUCAAUCAUCCAUUUUCGAAAAACUUACAGAGGAUAAUUGACAAAGAAGCUCGAAAUCUGAUACACAACGCGUAUAAUACAACUGAAAAUCUACUCAAGAAUAAUAUGAAUAAACUCGAAAAGAUGGCAGAGGCUUUGCUUGAAAAGGAAACGCUUUCAUACGAUGAAGUGGUAAAUUUAAUUGGUCCACCUGCUUAUGAAGUUGCAAACAGAGCACUAGAACCUGUUGAAUUUGAAAAGUCUUUGAAAGCCCUCAGUGAGAAGGAGUAGUAAACUCAGUUAUUUACUGCUCAUACCUAGUAUAGAAACGAGAAAAAAUAAAUUAUUAUGUGUUACGUAAUGACUGGAAAUACAAAAAAUCUUUGACCAUACUACAAAUA